CAUCUAUAUAUUCAUGUCUCCAGAGCUUGUUCGCUCCCAAAACUCUGUCAUAUCGAUGCUUGUACUCUAUCUGCUGCAUUCCGUUGGCCUGGUCAUGUAUAUAUAGUUAGGUGCUGGGUACAUAGACAUGUAUCCCGCAUACCAAAGCAUCAUCGUCCGCAUCCAGCAAAGCAGCAAAAAGCUCACACAAGUUCCUUUUCCGACCCACCGCAACCAAACAUACCACACAUGCCGAAACCCCCUGUCCGGCCCUUCGCCGUGCAUUCUAGUGACGCCCAUUUGCUACCCCACACACCACAUAGCUUGAAGCUAAUGGUAACUAGCCAUGUGGGGGAUAUGUCAUUGCGGGGGGAGGGGAGGAGGGGUGUAAACAACGGAGCUGCCAAUACAGGUGGUAUACAUAUUUUGCGCUUUUUCUCAUUGACACAAGUGCGACAGUUGAUUUCUUCAGUACUCGCUCAGAGAGGUUUUGUUUAUUUUUUUUUCUUUGCGAAAUGGUGCAUGUACAGUUUGAGCCUGCCUUGCUGGGCACGCUGAGAGAUAAAGUGGUGGUGUUGACGGGCGGCGCGACGGGCAUUGGACGAGCCGCGGUGCUGCAAUUCGCUGAAGCCGGAAGCAAGAUUGUCUACGGCGACAUCCACAACCCACCGCUCCCCACGACGCUCCCAGAAUCCACCCUCAAAAACAUCCACUACAAACACUGCGACACCACUUCCUACGAAUCCGUGCUAUCGCUUUUUUCGCACGCGGCAGCGACGCUGGGCGCCAUCGACAUCGUCGUCGCAAACGCCGGUGUCGCAAACCACAAGGACGUCUUCGCAGCAGACGCAGACAUCACUGUCGCGCCGUCGAUGCGCGAAGUCGAUGUCAACCUCACAGGCGUAAUCUACACAGCUCGCAUCGGGCUGCACUACUUGCGGAAGAACGGCAAAGGAGGAGGCGACGUGGUGCUUGUGAGCAGUAUCGCCGGGUUCAAGGAGAGCGGCGGGUUGGGGAUUUACUCGGCGAGCAAGCAUGGGGUGCUCGGGUUGAUGAGGGGGUUGCACGGGGAUGCUAUCAACGACGGGAUCCGCAUCAAUGUCAUUUGUCCGUGGAUGACUAAAACCGCCAUGGUGAAGGGGAUUGAAGAUGGGUGGGCUAAACUCGGACUCCCCGAGAACACGCCAGAAGAUGUGGCGCGCAGUUUCUUGCUGUGUGCGAGCGCGACUCGCGGGGUGGACGCGGGGGAGACGCAUCCAGGUGCGAGGUUACCUUUUGCUGGGAAGAUUCUGUGGAUUGCGGGGGGUGAGGCGUAUGAGAUUGAGGAUGGGAUUCAAGAGCUGGAACCGAAGUGGUUGGGAGAGGAGAACAGUAGGGUGUUGAAGAUGGGGCAGGAGUUUCUGGCUAGUGGAGGCACGAGUUGGGAUGUUGACAAGAAGGCGUGA